AGUGUGUCGGCAGUUUCACGGAUCUGUUACUGCGGUUGUGGUGGGAACUCACUGAUGCAGCUUUGUCAGGCGCGGCCCAAUUUCAUAGUUACCUCUGGGCAUCCAGUGUGUUAAGCAACCGGAGAGAAGUUAUAGACAGCGAAGGGCAUACAGUGAGAGAGAAAGAAAGGGGAUUGUCACUGCUUCGUUGCCUUUUAGAGAGCCCUCCAACUUUCUCCUUAACUGCAGCUUGCAAAUAUGGUUUGACCUGUGGAUGUGGCUGAUGGAUGUUUCUCAAGCAUCGUGCUCUUUACGUGUGAAACUAUCUCGUUGUCAAGUUACAGCAUUACAGGUCUGACUGACUUACCGUUAUGGAGGUUAUGGAUCACUGUUUUUUAAGCUCAUCAGAGAUAUCAUAGCAGCAACGGCAGCUUCACACCAGAAUUGUAAAGAACUGAGAAAGAGUCAGAGACCUGAGAAAGGACAUGAUUCAAACUGUUCCUGAUUCUGCAGCUCAUAUUAAGGUUUCUUUGGAAAAAUCAAGCAGUCAUCUGUGAUGCCUAUCAUGCAGGACCCUAUAUGAGGAAGCAUUAUCGGUAGUAAGUGAAGACCAGUCAUUGUUUGAGUGUGCAUAUAGAUCUCCACACCUUUCAAAGACGGAGAUGACUGCAACCUCUUCCAGCGAAUAUGGAGAAACAUCAAAAAUGAGUCCACAAGUCCCCCAGCAGGAAUGGUUGACACAGCCAUCUAACAGAGUUACUAUCAAGAUGGAGUACAACCCAUCUCAAAUCAAUGGGUCAAGCAGGAAUUCUCCAGACGACUGCAGUAUAGCUAAAGGAGGAAAGAUGGUCAGUGGAUCGGAUAGUGUUCCAAUGAAUUAUGGGGGAUACUUGGAAGAAAAGCAUGUGCCCCCUCCAAACAUGACAACUAAUGAACGGAGAGUGAUUGUUCCAGCAGAUCCAACACUGUGGACUACAGAUCAUGUACGCCAAUGGUUGGAAUGGGCUAUAAAAGAAUAUAAUCUCUUUGAUGUCGAUGUUUCAUUAUUCCAAAAUAUUGAUGGGAAAGAGCUGUGUAAGAUGACCAAAGAUGACUUCCAAAGAAUGACACCAAGUUAUAAUGCAGAUAUCCUUCUAUCACAUCUUCACUACCUCAGAGAAACUCCUCUUCCUCAUUUGACUUCUGAUGAUGUUGAUAAGGCCUUACAAAACUCACCACGAUUAAUGCAUGCCAGAAACACAGGUGGGGCAGCUUUUAUCUUCCCAAACACCUCAGCAUACACCGAAGCAACACAGAGGGUUUCAGCUAGACCAGAAAUCCCUUUUGACACGACUAGAAGAUCUGGAUGGACAAGUCAUCCAACUUCACAGGCUAAAGGUGCACAGUCAGCAUCAGUAAUACCUAAGACAGAGGAACAGCGCCCUCAGAUUGAUCCCUAUCAGAUUCUUGGACCUACCAGUACUCGUCUAGCAAAUCCAGGAAGUGGACAAAUCCAGCUUUGGCAAUUUCUGCUUGAGCUUCUCUCUGACAGCUCCAACUCUAACUGCAUUACCUGGGAAGGUACCAAUGGAGAAUUCAAGAUGACGGAUCCAGAUGAGGUAGCUAGACGCUGGGGUGAGAGGAAAAGUAAACCCAACAUGAAUUAUGACAAGCUAAGUCGUGCUCUUCGAUACUAUUAUGACAAAAAUAUAAUGACCAAGGUUCAUGGAAAACGGUAUGCCUACAAGUUUGACUUCCAUGGAAUUGCUCAGGCACUCCAGCCACACCCACCAGAAUCAUCCAUGUAUAAGUACCCAUCAGACCUGUCUUACAUGAGCUCAUACCAUGCACAUUCACAGAAGAUGAACUUUGUAUCAUCACAUCCUACACCCCUGCCUGUAUCAUCCUCUAGUUUCUUUGUACCACCGAGUCCAUACUGGAAUGCACCAACUGGAGCCAUCUACCCUAACACAAGGCUUCCAGCCAGCCAUAUGCCUUCUCAUCUUGGCACGUACUAUUAAAUUUUAAGGGACACUGGACUAAAAGAGAGUCUAAACUUUAUUUAGUGCAAAAAAAUUCAUAUAUGUUAAAUUAAGUAACACUGAAUAUGAGUAAGAGCAUACUGAAGUUCUCAGCAUAUAAAUUUGCAACGACAAGAGCACAAUUCUAAAAACAACAAAGGAACUCCAUUGCUCAAACAAAAGAUGCAAACCGAAGGAUCAGGGAAGAAAUAUUCCUUACAUGUGAAAGAAAUGCCUGUGUAGUGUUGUAUGGUGCUGAGCAGUGACUGCAGUGCCUUGCUUAUAUACAUUAACUGGAACUUGUGGAUAAUGCAUGUAGAUCCAGAAAAAAAACAUACAUAUGUAGUAUACUGCAUAAAAAGAAAUAAAUGUAUCAGACUUUCAGGACUGAAACUGGACUGGAGAACAACAGCAUUCCUUUUAGGCACACAUUCCUUUGGAAGAAGCUUUAUCAGCUUCAUCAAACUGUGAAGAUUACCCAGACUGUACUCCAACUGUCAGUAUUAUAGAAAUAUUGAGCCAAGCAAUGGGACAGAGAAUGUGCUGAAGGGUAUGUGCUGGUUGAAAAUAUGAGAAAGAAGAUGUCAGAAUGCUUAAAGCCGAACAGAAAGCAUGUUUUGAACUUGAUGGAAAAAGACAGCAGGACUUUUUUUUUUCUUAAUGGACUAUGGUGUUUGGUGUGUAGUAAAGGAAGAAUUGAUAUUAGUAUUACACUAUUUCUUGUGUUAAAAGUGUUAAACAAAAAAAGAAAAAAAUAUAUUUACAAAAAGCUAGAAAGGAAAAUGCUGAUAGGAUUAUAUAAUCCUAAAAAUGCAUCUCUUUUUAAUGUUUGAAACUGGAAUUAUUUUGUAUUUAAAAGAAAAAAAAUGUGGACCUCAUUACUGUGGUGGUUUGUUUCAUACCUGUGUAAGGUAAGAGACAUCACUCGCUGCCAAAACGUGAUCAAAUUACUUAAAUGUGUUCGUAAGCAUUUGAUGGUUUAUUUCUUUCUGAGUCACGAACGCUGUGCGUUUGUAAGAUACAAAAAUACAGGUCAGUGUUAUUUUUUCUUUUAUAUAAUAUUAUAUAACUUAUGCAUUUAUACACUACGAGUUGAUCUCGGCCAGCCAAAGAUAUAAAUGAGACAAUCAAAUAAAGAAAAACUGUGGCCUUGAAGUAUAACUCUGUAUGCUUUAUGUUUAUAUUACAAACUAUUAGAAUGUAGAGUGCAAAUAGUAUGUAGGGAAAUAAGCUUGGCCUGGCAUGGCACAUCAGACGUUAUGAAUACUGAAAAUGUUAAUCCUUUUAGUCUUUAAGGAAUCCACCCAAAGAGACAUCCAAAUACGUACCAUAUACCAUUAAAGCUUUUAAAAAGCUCAGCAUGUCGGGCAUUUUAUAAACAGUCAACGUUGGUGCACGUGAUCUGUUUAUUAUUAAAUGUGAUUCUGUCUUCAUAUUAUUUGCUGUUAAUGUUGCAACCCAGUAGACAGAGUUUUGUAACCAAAUAAAUUCCCCUUUUCUUACUCCACUAGGAACAUUUUGAUAAAAAUCUAGUACUCUAACUUGGUUAAUUGAGUCAAUAUUUUAUUUGCUUAUUUGCUGAAAUUUGAAUCAUUGCUAGAUAAUUGCAACCGAUUAUGAAGGUGGAAUAUUUUUGAAAAAUUCCAAAAUUAUUGCUAUAGUUAUAUUUUUCUAAUGUAUUUCUGUAUAAUGAUUAUUGGUUUUAUAGAAUGUCCUUAGAUUUCUAGUUUAAAAAAAGACUACCAUUCCAUAGUUCCUGUAGAAAGACAGUUUUCUCAAGGCUGAAUAUUCAUCACUUUAGAAUAAUGAAAAUGAGUAAAGACUAUAGAUAUGAUUCAUUGGUGCAGAACAGCAUUGAAGUAAUAGUCAUUUAGCUUAGAAUGCUGUCACAAAGUGUAAUAAAGAAAUAUUUUCCUUCUUAAUGGCAAAACUGAUACAAGACUACUCAUCAUAUAUGAAAAAAAAUUACACAACUAAAUAUUUAUGCUGUAAAUUGUUUCUUAAAAGCUACAUGAAUAUGCUUGAGUACUGGACCAGUAGAGAUAACCAUGUUAGAAUUGUAUGGGGUUGUCUACAACAGAGCCCCUUUCAUAACACAAAACAAAAUACUGCAAUGCUGUUCAGCACUGAAGACCACCUCAAGUCUCCUCUGAGAAGAGGCUGCCAACCUAGUGAGAGUAACCUGGUCAACAAAGGAUGAAUAAAAUAAAAAUAAAAAAAACGGCUACAUGGUAGAAAAGCUCUGUGUCAUUUAGGCUGUUUAUAUAACAUAUGACCUCACAUUGAGCCUUACUUAUGAGUCGCUUUCAAGAAUGUGGGAUAGAAUUUGCAAAAGCAAAAGUCAAAUUAUUUACUAACCAUGAAGAUACCAGUUAACUUUGGACGGAAAGUAAUUCAGAGAUGCACGUUACAGAUAUAAAGUAACAUUUUCUACUACUGCACUAUACUUGAUGUGUAAGUUUCACAAAUGUCUUAAAUUAUGACAAGGCCAUAACAAGCAAAGUAAAAGGUAUGACUUCUGGCUGAGGUAUGUCAUAUUUAAUUUAUAGAACUGUUAAUUCAGUGAUCUAUGGAAGAUACAAUAAAAUGGUAUGACAUAUGAAAUGCAAAUAAUGAAACCCAAACUAUCUCAGUCUUACUGAUUUGUCUUGCCAGUCUGGUGACUACUUCCUGUAGUAAUGCAAUUAUACAAAACAAUAAAGGGAAGAGUUUGUUGCAAAUAUGAAAAA